UGAGAUAAUUAGUUACAUUGGAUACUGUUACAGGGUGUAAUUUUCCUGACUACACAGGUGUCUUCCCUAUGAGCAACGCUAUAGUGUAAUAGGUUGCAGCUAAUUUUACACAUGUUCAUUUUAACUGAUUGCACAUUUUAUAUGUAUUUACUAUAUUAUUACUAUAUUACUGUAUUGCUAUUACUAUAUCGCGGAAGGAUUUUUUUCAGAGUAUUAUUUGGAAUUAUGCACGAUGACAUUUACUGUGGCCACAAGAUGGCGUUAGCAUAUAUGUAAACAUGGAAACUAGACAGUUUACCCCCUUCGGAACACCUCACUACUACUCCGUCGGCAGCGUGUGAGGCACCCUAAGCGGACAGCCGCUUCAUACGGGCUUCAAUUUCAGGAGCAGCGGGUGCCAAUUUGUUUUACUUCAUGGCACACUAUAGAAAUCCUUAAGAGGACCGCCUCAUAUUUUUUUUUAAAUUAAAACUUACAUAUAUACGGUAAAACUAAGUCAAGAGCUGCUGGAAAGGCGUUAAAAUGUGCAAAUAUGAAAACACCUGCAAGUUGAGAGAAGACAUUUUUUACAUACUUUUAAGUACCUGAUAUUUGCGAAGUUCCUUUGUUCAGACAGGUUACAUGAAAAACGAAACCCGGUUUGUACCCAUGCUGAAGUAAGGGUGGCAUGUUGUGAAAUGCAGGACACCGACUAAAAGCGUUCAUAAAGUUGCGGCGUCUCAGUCGGAAUGGCAAGCAAUCCACAAGAUACUCAGACGGCUGUGGGAACGAAACCAAGCAGACCCUGCUUUGGGGAUAUAAGAGCAUUUGUUGCAACUCUUUGUUUAAUACUUAGUGCUAACAGCAUUGGCAAUGCGUAUCUGAUCAGCAUGCUAAGUACCCUUGAAAAGAGAUUCAGUCUGAGGACCACGGAGCUUGGUUUAAUUGCCAGUGGGUUUGAGAUUGGCAACCUUUUGGUGAUCCUUUUAGUGAGCUACUUUGGUGGAAAGGGUCACAGACCAAGACUUAUAGGCUGUGGUGGAAUUGUUAUGGCUCUAGGUUCACUUCUUUGUGCGCUGCCUGAGUUUGUGAGCCAUCAGUAUGACUACCAGAAGGUGAAAAUAUCCACCUCACGAGACACCUGCUCUGUUGGCAAAUCAGCUGUGGAAAAAGAUGCUGAAACAGGGAGUUGUGAGGAGACACGGUCAACAAAUACAUUGUACUUGCUGGUCGUUAUAGCUCAAGUUUUAGUUGGCAUCGGGGCCUCAUCAGUUCAGCCUCUGGGUGUUUCCUAUAUGGAUGACCAUGUCAAAAGAAAAGAUUCUUCUCUUUACUUAGGUAUGUAUAAAAGAAAUUCUACAGUUGUGCAACACUUGUUAUAUAAAUGACUGCUAUUCUCUGGUUUACGUAAGAAUUCACAAGAAUAAUAUGAUAUUAUCUUUUCCUUUUUUGUGGAUUUGAGUGUUUUUUUUUUACCGUGUUACUUUAAGGUUCCUUGAUUUAUUGUAUUUAAUGACCAACUCAGUCCUAAAGGGGUCACAACCUGCAUGUAUUCUAGGUAUAUUUCAAGAAUAUGCAGGACACGUGUCUUUGCCUCAGUUUAACUCCUUGAAUGGUGUCGUACAUUCUAACUAAUACCACUCCAAUGGACAACUCUGAUGGGAAGACAAAAUUCAACACAAGAAGGAUGCUAAACCGAAUAAACAGGGCACCAUUCUAGAAGAAGGUAAUCUAGUAUAUGAUAUUGUAUUAUGAGCACUGACCAUAAUAUAUACUGUAUAUAGUCUGUCAAUAGAUUUGAGUUAUACAGUACAGUACAGUUAAUUUUGUUUCUGUUUAGCAGUCAUAAUUAAAGCUGCUAAAGAAUCACU